GACCUAUUACCUAUAUGCGAGUCCUGCCUUUUGAGCUAAAGCCUUAAGUGCAAGUUGUCUUUGUGGUGAGAAUUUCAUUCUCGAACUCGUGGGAGGACCAUCAGCUGUCACAAUAUGCUGAGUACUUCCUGAAGUUUCCAGCAAGACUACUUGACAUGUAAAUGAAGUUUAGUGCCUGAUUUACACUAGAAACUCAAGUCAGAUGGACCCUACGUAUUUUGGCUGGCCUGCAAGUUAAAUGAUGUUGUUAAACUGAUCUCAAACCUUCAAAAUGGAAUUGAACAGUUCGCCCCAAAGCAGUACGCCCUUGUCAUCCCACCAGCAUGGCGCAAGGUCGCACCAUCACCAUAGCCAUGCCCACCAUAGGAGGAGAUUCCACUUCGGCAAACGCCAUAGCAAGUUGCCCAUGAAGGGCUUCCACGGGGACGACCUGCCUGAAAUACACCACGAGGACGAUGCGGGUCAUGGCGCCGGGUGCUGCGGAAAGGUCAAGGACGAACAGAAGGGUCGAGACUUCGCUAGCGUCUUCACCAACCAUCGCUACACGGAGGCAGAGCGGAAAGUCCUACUGAAUUUCACCAGUUUAGACUAUCUGCCUUCCUACAGUGAGGCCUACAAAAAAUGGCUGAAAGAACAACCAAACAGAUUAGACUGGGAUCGAUGGGUGAUGAUGGGAUUGAUAGGUUGCAGUAUCGGCAUUGUUGGCUUCUUCCUCCAUCAAGUGGUCGAGAUCAUUGCUGAGGUAAAGUGGGAGCACGCGGAGGAGUUCCUUCAUCAUAACGGCAUAGGCGUGGCGUACGGAUGGGUUCUAGGAUACAGUUUAGUGUUUGUUGGUGUCUCCUCGGCAAGCGUGGCGUUCAUCUACCCAGCUGCUGCGGGCUCUGGCAUCCCAGAAAUCAUCGGUUUCCUCAAUGGCACUGUCGUCAGAUAUGCCUUCAACCUCAAACAACUGGUUAUCACAUUCUUUUCGUGCGUUUGUGCAGUGGGAGGUGGACUUCCGGUGGGACCGGAAGGCCCAAUGAUCCACAUGGGAUCCAUUAUUGGAGGGGGCCUGAGCCAAUUCCGUUCGCGGACGCUUAAGUUCGUCCUCCCAGCCUUCGAGAGAUUCCGUAACCCUGAGGACAGGAGAAACUUCACUUCAGCGGGCGCCGCAGCCGGCGUGGCCUCCGCCUUCGGGGCGCCGGUUGGAGGACUCCUGUUCGCCAUGGAGGAAGUGUCGUCCUUUUGGAGCGUCAAGUUGGGAUGGAUGAUUUUUUUCUGUUGUAUGAUUGCCACGUUUACAACUGAUCUUCUCAACUCUGGAUUUGGUGGUUUUCAUUACUCGGGGAGCUUUGGCUUGUUUCAGCCUGAAAAGUACAUCCUAUUUAGAGUAACAAAAGCCAUCCCAGUGAACCUGAUGAUGUUUAUGCCAGCCGUGGUACUAGGAAUUAUGGGGGGUGUUCUAGGCGCUCUAUUCACCGUUCUCAACCUCAAGAUAAGACGAAUACGCCGAUUGAUCAAUUCGAAAAUAAAAAAUAAACAUUUGGAGAAAUUAAACAAGUUCUGUGAAACAAUAGUAAUCAUGAUACUAAUGGCCACAGCCUCGGUCUUCCUGCCAAUGGCUUUCAACUGUCAGCCUCGAAGUUGCGAGAUCAUGGAAUCAAACGCCACAGACGCUGUGUCAGCAGGAACACCCGCUCCCCAUGUCGCACCUGCUUCGGGGCACCACCGAGUUGGACGUUCUGCAGCGGGCCAUGGGGCCCCUGCUGCUUCUCAUGGUAGUCACGGUUAUGAAACGCCAGACACGAAUGCUUCAAAUUCUCGUAAAACUUUGCAGUAUUGGGCCUAUACCCUUGAUGUAUCCGCAGCUGUGAUAUAUGAUCGUGAAAGAGGAGUAUGCCUGACAGACGCCGAUCAUCCGAUAAAAACCGGUCACGUGGUUUCCUACGUCUGCGCGAAAAGGGAGAUGAACGGAAGUAAGAUCAUCCGCCAUGGAGAAUACAACGAAGUCGCAACAUUGUUCUUCUGCCAAGGAGCCAUGGCAGUGAAGCAUCUCUUCACUAGGACCGCCCACUACGAGUUUGGCUACACGAGUUUGAUUGCAGUCCUUAUCAUCUACUUCCUACUUGCCUGUUGGGCGGCGGGGAGCAGUGUGUCCAGUGGUAUCGUGGUCCCCAUGCUCAUGAUCGGGGGCCUCUACGGUCGGAUCAUCGGCCUUGUGACACUCGACAUCUACGGCGGUAAAGUCCCCACUGAAGUAUUCUGGGGGUGGAUCGAUCCCGGGGCGAUGGCGCUGAUAGGAGGUGCUUCAUUCUUUGGCGGUGUGUCCAGGUUGACGCUGUCUUUGACGGUAAUAAUGAUUGAAAUAACGAAUGACGUCCAAUUCCUCCUGCCCAUUAUGACGGCCAUUAUGGUGUCCAAGUGGGUGGGCGACCAGAUCACCCAUCCACUGUACCAUUCCAUGCUAGAGUUGAAGUGUAUUCCUUUCCUGGAUAGCGAACCUGUUGUCUUCCACGACCACGAACUGCAGAAUCUCGAAUUUUACGAAGCAAGACACAUCAUGCGUAAGACCAUCGUAGUGUUGCGGACCAAAGAGACGAUUCAGGACCUGGCCAACCUCAUACUCAACACAAACUAUGGUGGUUUCCCUGUGGUACAUCCUGAUGGAGAGUACGGGUUCGAGGUGGAUUAUGGAUACAUCACAAGAAUCGAGCUGACUGUGAUCUUAUACCAAAGUGACUUUUGGAAGUACUCAGAGGAUGGCUUGACCGUUACAUCCGAAUGUCCUUACACCGAGGUGUGUGUUGACCGCAUCAUGGAAAAGCAAAGAGCUAGGCGGGAACUGGCCAAAUACUCUUCUGAAGCAAAAUGGGAACAUAUUUGGAUUGACUUAGCACGAUUCGUCAACAAGUCUUCCCCGACAAUUCCCGAACACUUCUCGUUGCAUAGAACCUAUAUCCUUUUCCGCACGCUCGGUCUCCGCCACCUGACAAUCGUCAACCAAAGGAACCAAGUGGUAGGCGUCAUCUCGCGAAAAGAUCUCAUGGGUUUCAACUUGGAGGAAACAUUGGAGGCACUACGCGAAAAGGAAAACGAACCCAAGGAACUCAUCGUCGAUACCAAGGUUGAGGGAAUAGAAGGAGGAAUUGAGCCCCUCAUCAACGAGAAUAAUAGUAUUAAUGGGAAGGACCCGCGGAUCCAGAUCGAUGGACAAGAGGUGCUUCUCAGACCGAGAAGGACACGCGGCAAAAACGUGAGGAUGAGCCGAGAUCUCACACGGGAGCUGAACGCACCAACGAAUGUCGAGUUCGAUGGUGACAUUACGGAGUAUGAUCCGGGCCCCUACAUGGAUUCCCGGGUCUCGUCCUGGAUCGACUCGUCCCGAUUGAACUCGGUCAUUGAUCCCAGAGACUAGCAAAAGUGCCGAGAAAUAUUGGGUCAAAGUUGUUUGUCAUCCAUACACCAAUGCUAGGGUGUCCUCGUUGAUUUUUAAAAUAAACCUUCAGUGCUGAAGCUAGCGAGGUGUUGUCCGGUUUUACAGAGAAACCUCAGCUGGUUUGAGUCACGAAAUGAACUUGCAAUUUUCGGACAAUCCGUCCUCUGAUUUGAAUCAAGAUGAAUUCUUGUUAUAUCGUAUGUGCCAUAUACAUUUUUAUGUUUUAAUUCUCUGGUAGCUAGGAUACAAUCACCCAUACACGCGAGUACGAUAGAAAUGGUAUGUUCACCAAUACACGACUCACAUAGGAAUGCAGUUUCACCAGGUCGUAGUACUUGUGCAUGUUUUAUCUUGACUGUACAACAGAACUUUUGGCAAGUAGUUCUAACGCACGUCCCUGUUCUCGUCAUAUAAAUCUAAUGUUCACGAAUGUGCAACUGAACUUGAGGUAGAUUUCUGUUUACUAAAAUUUGAUGUAAAAUA